AUGUACUCACAGAUGUAUUAUGAAGAUCACGUCAAGGUUGAUGCUGAUGCUGCGAUCGCUGCUGAGGAACCUGAAGAGAUCAAAACAGAAGUUAGGAGACGACACCAAGAAGCCCUGGAUAAGUGGAGACAAACCCGUGAACUAAAUAGAGCUGGGCUUGUUGAGGAGGCUGACGAAGAGACAAAAAAGAAGUAUGGACUGACUUACGGGGGCCUCAAGUUUACCUGUAUUGCUGGCGGACGAAACCCUAUCACUGGAGAAGUGGUGGUCUUGGACUUUCAUCUUGGAGACACUGAAGAAGGAGCCGACUUCUCUGCACACUACCCUAGGUUCUCUGAAGUUCAAGCUGUGUAUGCUACCUUCCUGUGGGAGGCACUCUCUUUGACGCUCUCAGCAUAUAAUAACAAUGUGCAGGCAUUAGAGAGGGACAAUGAACAUGACCACUGCAGUGGAGUGGAUGAGGCCGAAGGUGGGAAUGUUGAGAGCGGUGAGGAUGAGUUGGAGAAUGACACUUAUAAUGUGCUGGAAGAGCGCGACCUGAGUGGUGAGGACUGGGAUUCAGGGAACGACACUUAUACUAUGUCAAAAGAGUGCAACCCUGGGCCCAUACCAAGCCUUGCAACACCCUCCGAGUUGGCGUCACAAGACUUUGAUUCCUUCUGGACAACAAUGCCCACAUUGGUUACUGACGUACUGGGCAACACCAAUCACAAUAUCGCCCUUCAAGGUGUCAGCGCAUCAGACUUUGCUGAAAUUGAUAGGCUGCUUGCGGUGAUGCCGCAAGUUGAUUUGAAUUUCUUCGAUAACCUGCAAGUCCCCAGCUUCAGCUCAGGGCCCGAGUACAACAAUUUCACAAUCUCAGAGUCACAAUCCACUGCAGGGUCAGACUAUAAUUUCAUGUUCAAUGAUUUCUCCUUCACAGGAAGUGACUUUGAGACUUCAACACCCCGUUCAAGCCCUAGUCCAACAUGUCCUGUCCACGAACUUGAAGAAAUACCCACCAGCAUCAGUUCAGACUUCACCCUUUCAUGUGUCACACUACCUGCAGCCCCUCCAGUGCAAUUGCCAGAACAACAACCUGAAGGUCCAUGCCAAACUAUGCGCCGCCAUGUCCCAUCAACACGUAAACAGGCACUCAAUGCAAUUGGAUCUUCAAAGUCUCGUGUGUGCCUGUCGGGAGAUGUUGGAAAAGAGAAUUCACUAUCUGGAACGAAGCGGAAGGCAGGUGCUAUCAGUGGUGCCAACAAUUUCACUUCGCAGCGCAUGGAUUGCGCACAAUACCCAUUAGCUCAUUGA